AUGCUAUUGAGCAUACCCUCGUUUAUAUUCAAGGUCUUCAGCACUACGUUCCUAGUGUGGAUUGUGCUUUCCACUGCGAUACCCCAACUUCUACUGAAAUACACAGACAAAGAGAUCCAGUCCAACCAUUUCCAGAAAACAAAUUACCCAUAUAACUCGUUGACGUCUCCGACGCCAUUACCCAUCCAAAACAGCACAGUAUACUUCAUAAUCGGCCAUCCUGACGAUGAAGUGAUGUUCUUCUCACCUUCUUUGAUUGAGUUGGCUAAGGCUAAACACCAGAAUAAUGUCAAACUCAUCUGUUUUUCAACAGGAGAUUCAGUCGAUGAAUCUUUCGGAGGCAUUCGUAGUGCUGAGCUCAUCAACUCUGCUCGGAUCUUAGGUUUACCAUCGGAGAACAUCACGAUUCUCGACAAGUUCAAGGAUGGAAUGAAUAUCACCUGGGACUCUAACGAUAUUAGAGAAACCUUGAAAGAGCUCAUAGGAACCGGACCCCAGAAAGAACCGGUAGUUUUGAUCACAUUUGACGAGAAGGGAGUGUCGAACCAUCCAAACCAUAUUUCCCUCUAUGUUGGAACUGUCAACUAUUUCAAGACAUACUUUAAGAACAAUAAGGAUGUCACGUUGUUCGUGUUGAAAAGUCUUACUUUCUGGGAGAAGUAUAGUUUCACUUUCUUGAGUAGCGUCGAAUUAUUUGUCGACCAUGUGUCAAAGCUAUUCUUCAGCAAUUUUUUCAAGAUUGACAUUAACAUCAGCUUCUUCACUAAGAGUAGUCUUCCCAACACAAAUGCUAUCAAGUUCUAUUCAGACUUGAAUAUGCUCAGUGUCAGUUACGCAGCAAUGUGCUAUGGACAUUACAGUCAGAUGGUGUGGUUCAGGUAUGGUUGGAUAAUACUCAGCAGAUACUUGACAUUUAACCAUCUUAUUCAAAUUACCUAA